ACCGACUUGUAUCAUCGUGCGACUCUUGUCUCGCUGAACACCAUCAUCCUAAAGGAGCGCCCGUACAUCCACGCAAUCCUACUUUCUACGUUCGAAUAAUGGCUGAAAUCAGGAGGAAGCUUGUUAUCGUCGGUGAUGGUGCUUGUGGAAAGACAUGUUUGUUGAUAGUUUUCUCCAAAGGAACGUUCCCUGAGGUCUAUGUUCCGACCGUCUUCGAGAACUAUGUGGCAGAUGUAGAGGUUGAUGGAAAGCAUGUCGAGCUUGCGCUAUGGGAUACGGCAGGGCAAGAAGACUAUGACCGUCUCAGACCUCUCAGUUACCCAGACACUCAUGUCAUUCUUAUCUGCUUUGCUGUUGACUCACCAGACUCUCUGGACAAUGUUCAAGAAAAGUGGAUUUCUGAGGUGAUGCAUUUCUGCGCCGGUCUUCCCAUCAUUCUUGUUGGCUGCAAGAACGACCUUAGACGUGAUCGACGAGUGAUUGAUGAGCUCAAGAAGACGAGCCAGAGACCUGUAACUCCUGAGGAGGGUAUGGCCGUAGCGAACAAGAUUGGCGCAAGGCACUAUCUCGAGUGCUCUGCUAGAACAGGCGAGGGCGUCCGCGAAGUCUUCCAAUAUGCUACGAGGGCUGCACUUCUUAGCCGGCCCAAGAAUAGCAAGAAACACCACUGCGUGGUUGUGUAGACUAUUUCGUCUUACUUUCCACCUCGCCACACCCCGCCGCUUCUCUGACUACGCCCUUGCCCCUGUCAAGAGUCCAUACCCUUCACGACUAGUUGUUAUUAGCAAUCUUCAUGAUCUGUCCUUUCCCUCUCGCUCUAUUUUUGCGUGACCGGACACGUGUGCGGCCUUGUCAGUAUUUGACUCUGCAUUGAUGUCUCUUUGCUUUUCAGUUUUGAAUGAAUUCAAGUAGGAUUGCAUGGACCUUUGGUAGUACGUUCUAUAUCCACGCUUCUACCUGUUAAUCCGCUUCGAGUUUGAGUCGCAUGUCUACAAUGGUCUUUGUCUCCGAUGUUCCAGGAAUAUAGAAGCGCCAAGUUGAACUCUGAA